AAAUAGUUUUGUCGUUCUUCAUAGGCAAUCAGUGGCCAAGCCAUAGACAGACAUCUGCUGGGCCUGAAGAUGCAGGCUGCUGAGGAAGAUCUUAGUGUUCCUGCCAUCUUCACAGACCCUGCCUACGCUAAAGCCCUACACUAUCAACUGUCCACCAGCCAGGUACCCUCCAAGACCGACUGCGUCAUGUGUUUUGGUCCGGUUGUACCCAAUGGGUAUGGUGUAUGCUACAACCCUAUGGAGGACCACAUCAAUUUUGCUGUGUCAUCAUUUAACAGCUGUAAGGAAACAAACGCGGGGCGUCUGGCUGAGGCAGUGCAGGACGCUCUACUGGAUAUGAAGAUACUCCUGGAAAAGACUCCCAAAUCCAAACUGUGAGGCUCAGCGUGAUCCAGUCCACCUUGUUGUCUGCAACGCAGAAGACAGCAGCUACAAGGAGUUCAUAGCGUGACUUGAGAGCUGUCAUUUGAUAGUUUCAUCCAGCUCUUAUCGCGUUGUUAAUCACCACUUUGCACUUUAAUAUUCUGUGAUUUUGCCUUGAAAGCAUUGCAACACUACAGUGUUGCUUUAGUUCCAGACUGUCUCUGGGAAAUCAUGAUACUCUGAUGUACUGAUUCACUAGAAAAGUAGAAGACUGAAUAUUAUGCAUUGAUGAUCAACCAUGUUAGGAUGUAAUUAAUAAUAAAUCAACAACUUUCAGGGGUCUGAAAUAUAAUAAUGAUGUCUGGAAUUUAUGUUUUUAUUAGCCAAAAAAUAAAACACAAAAUAAAUGUUAGCAGCUGAUCUCCUAACAAGCUAAUCCAAAUCCAUGAGUGCCUUAAACCUGUGGUGCUCUGAAUGUCUCCCUGCUGUUUUUGAAGAGUUGCUUUUGAAGUCAUUUUUAUGGUUUUGUCUGUUUAAACGUUUAUAAUUCUAAAGUGCAAUAGCAUGUUGAAUAUUGAAUCUAAAAGCUAGACAUUUUCAGCACAUUUACCUGAAAACUGAAAUGACUGAACUCUGUUGGUAGAGGACAUUUUUACUGUAAAGUUCUGUUGGCCAGUUAGCAGUUUAAAGGUGUGCAGCUCUGAUAAAUGAGAUGUAAUUAUUACAUUCAUAAAUUAAAAAAAUGUGCAAAAGUAUUGUAAAUGUUAUCAAACAAAUCAUGCUUACUUUGACAUUUUGUUUUGAAUAAAUUCAGACUUAACAAGUGACUGUUUAAA